CGGAAUCAGAGCAGAUCUUGCUGGUCGUUCGUUCGUUCGUCGUUUGAUAUCCUUCACCCCCUUCUGCAGUACACAGAUCUUGCAGCAGCUGCAGCUGUUCAUUCCUUCUUAAGGAAGCAUCGUUCAUUUAUCCGUUCAUUGGGUUUCGCCAUGCCCGCCACAGCUACGGAGCCGUCCGCCACCUCUUCCCUCCUCCCCCUUGCCGCCCUCUCGGCCGGCGUCGUCUGCCUCGUCGGCCUCGAGGAGCUCAUCCGCAUACAGCGCAAGAAGAACCAAAAGCAGGUCGCCAACAGCCCCUCUGCCGAAGACACAAACAAGCAGGCGACGAGAGGUGUGCAUGGGAUCAGCGCUGAGGAGGGGAAGGCGCUGCGUGACCCGCCGUGUGUGCCCCUGUCAAUCGCCGAGUCACUCGCUCAGUUCGGCGACCCAAAGUUGCCGCUUCUGUAAGGGAGCAGUGGAUGUGGAUGCCGGGCGGGAGCGCAUGGAGAGAUAGGGAACUCUCUCUCUCUCUCUCUCUCUCUCUCUCUGUGUGUGUGUGUGUGCUGUGUGUGUGGUCAUUUAGGUAUGCGCAUUGGCGUGAUGAGUUGGAGAGCGAGGUGUACUACUACCAGCUGCCGCUGGGGAAGCGCAUCUAUGUCGUGACCGACUGGACCUGCUUCCCACAGCUGCUCGGGGCCGGUGCGUAAGGGCAGAAGUGCAUUUAUGUCGCCCAUCCAUCCAUCCAUCCAUGGCUCUCUCUCUCUCUCUCUCUGUGUGUGUGUGUGUGUGUGUGGCCUCCAUCGAUCAGAUGGUCUGGAGAAGGCCACAGCGUUCCGCGCUUUCGACCUCCGCCGUGGCGGCUCCUUGAGCAAAACAGAGUGGAGCAUCUUCUCCCGCAGGACAGUCGGCGAGGGCUGGCACCCAAUCCGCAAAGCACUCGCACCCGCAUUCGCGUUAGCCACAGUCACAGUCCCACACACAUACACACACGCACGCACACAGAGGACCGUCCGUCCAUCCAUGUGUGUGGUGUGGUGUGGUGUGGUGUGGUGUGUGCAGCACUAAGGCGCUGGCAACCAAGGUGCCCGCGUACCACCGUUCGCUGGGCGGAUUCUGCGGUGCGCUGGACAAGGCGGCGGCCGAGGGCGUGUCGGUGCCCAUGGACCAGUGGGCUCUCAGGCUCACCAUCGACGUCAUCGGCGAAACGGCAUUCGGGUACAGAGGGACGGACAUGUGCAAUGCACACUGCACAGCGCCGGCCACGACAUUUACCAUUGAUUGCUUUGCGUGUGUAUUGUAUGCCAUCUCUCUCUGUGUGUGGGUCUCUGUGUGUGUGUGUAAGGUAUUCGUUCCACGCGUUUGACGAGGGUCGCAACGGUGACGCGCUGACAUUUCUGGACGGCGUCGAUUACAUGUUGAAGUUCCUCACCGACAACAUCUACAACCCUUUAAAGUAAAGACCAACGGACAUACAGAUAAGGAUGGAUGGAUGGAUGGAUUGGUGGCUGUAGGCCCUAUAUGCUGUGGCACAAGGACGUUCGCGAGUUCCACGCCAAGCAGAGGGCGGUGAGAGAGAUCUGCGAGAAGGUCGACAAACACUUCAUCGACACGCCCAUCGAACAGAGAGACGUACGUGAGUGACACCGCGGCCCAGCCAACCAUACACACCGCACCUGUAUGUGUGUGGGUGUGUGCGGUAGCCGACGUCGAUCAUGUCUUACAUCCACAAGGCCCCCUACGAGGAUUACUACGAGCGCCUUGCCGAUGUUUACAUACUGCUCAUUGCUGGCCACGACACGACGGGCUACAGCCUGGCGUGGGGCAUCUACCACCUGGCCAGCAACCCACUCGUCCUCAAGAAGCUGCAGCAGGUCACUCAACCUGAUGAAUGAAUGGGUGGAUGGAUGGAUGGAUGGAUGAGCGAUAGAGCGAUCUUCUUUGUUUGCAGGAGCUGGAUGGCGCGAGCUUCGCUGGCGAGUUCCCGAACUACGACGAGCUGUCCAGCCUCACAUACUUCAACGCUGUCGUCAAAGAGAUCAUGCGCAUGUAACCCUACCAAAGGGGCAGAGAAUCCACACACACACAGCACAGAGGAACGUAGACCACGUGCCAUUGUCUGUCUGUCUGUCUGUUGGCUCACUCCCUCACUCACUCAGCACGACGGUGGCGUCAAAUGGUCAGUUCCGCGCCGUCGACCGGGGCGUGAAGCUCACUUCCAAGGGCGUCGACUACUACAUACCUCCUGGCUAUGAGGUGGUGGUGCCCUUCCUCCCCACAUUAACCGCUGCAGACAUGUACGCGACACACUCGUGCUCCCAUUCUUACCUGUCAGUCAGCGAUCUCAUCGAUCUCCCGUGUGUGUGUGUGUUAGAUGGGGUGACGGCAAGGUGUUCCGUCCGGAACGAUGGCUGGAGGCGAGCGAGGAGCAACUGAAGCUCUACAACAAGGUGAUGCAGCCAUUCGGCGUUGGACCGAGGGCAUGUAUCGGGCAGAACCUGGCUACGAUUGAGGUGAGUCCAUCUCCCUCUCUCUGCCUGACAGAUGCCCGCACAAACACACGCCCAAACAAAUGGAUGAAUGCGUGUGUGUGUGUGUGUGUGUGUCAGAUUCGCCUGACGUUGGCUGCGCUGUUCCGCCGUUAUUGGUUUGAGGUCACCACCGAGCCCGAGCCGUAUUUCGCAAUCACGUAGGGCCCCCACACACCCACACAGAGGGAGGGAGGAAUGUCCUUCAUCGCCCUAAACCCUUUGUCUCUCUCUCUUUCUCUGUGUGUGUGUGACGUGUGUGCAUCAGCUACAAGCCGCGAGGGCUCCAGGUGAAGCCCAUCAAGCGAACAUGACGACGGUGCUGCGUGCGAUCCUGGCCUUCCUGUGUGCGUGUGUGUGGUCCCAUUUUCGUCCUCACCACCAAGGUUUUUGCUGCAGCCACGUGGGUGGUGUCCAUGUGUCCAUGUGUGCGUCUGUCUGUGUGUGGUGAGGGCGUGGGAUGAGUGUGGGCUUUGGGGGCUGUAGAGUACGGUUGGUCUUUAUUCGUGUUUUAUGGAGAUUGCCGUCCAAUGAUGAAUGAAUGCCGCUGUCCUGUCUGUCUAUCUGUCUGCCCAUGGGUGCCCCAUGCCUGUCUGCUUUUUUAUCGCAAGCAAUGCACUUUUUUUCCCCCCUCUGGCGAUAUCAGUCAGAUGCAGCAGUCAGUCGAUUGAGAGCUUCC